UCCGUCCUUUCCAAUUUCAGCCUGUCUACCUACACAACAGCAGCAGUAGCAAGAACAACGUUUCCUUGUCAUCUCGAUGACCUUAGGCUUAGGGUUCUUCUACUUUUUAAAUUUGUAGUAAAAAAAUUGAAGGCCGACGACAACUCCGGCGACUGUCAUCUACUGACUUCUGCUUCUUUGGUUUCAAUUUCCUUCAACUAUCAGAUCCAAGAUUAAUUCUCUUCAUCAGCUUUAUCAAGGAUUGGGAGCAUUGCAAACUUGAUGAGUUUGUGUUGUUAACUCUCUGCUUUGCCAUAUUCAACAUGAGCAACCAAUAUAGUGAAGAACAUGGAGAAGCAACUGUUGUGGGAUUUGAAGUUCCUAGAUCACCUGAUUCAAGUUACAACAAUGUCUACCCUGGGAAUGAAGAUGAGGUACGGGACCCACCUUCAGUACCUCAACACCUGCAACACUCCUUGCUUAGCUACCCAGUAAGUGCAGACACUUCUGAAACCCUUCCACUGCCACAGAAUGUGAUUCUCAACCAUCUUUACAUUGAGAACCGGGAGGCCCCACGAUCUGUGGUGGCUCUAGGGUUCACUCAUCGCUUCCAUUCAAAAUUUGUCACUGUUGUGCUAUACAAACCUGUUCAAAGGAGGGGAAGUGCCAGCACUUAGUAUGCGUAUAUAAUAAACCUUUGCUAGAUUUUGUUUCUUUGCCCUUGUUGUGAUGGAAUUGGCUACAAUAGACUCCAAUAUGAGAUUAGCCAAAACGAGAAUAUUUAUUGCCUCGCCUCACAGCAGCUGAUGGAAUUAGGUUUGUUCUAUUGAACCUUGAAGUUCUCUCCACUUGAAUUGUCUCUUGUGCCAUGAGGUUAGAUUUGCUUUACUUGUAAAGUAUACAUUCAUAUUCUUAUGAACACUAAUAUGGUGGAAUGGAGCUUAUUUGUACUAUGAAA